UUUGGGAUUAUCGGAUGUUGUUUCGUUACUUUCUUCUGUGGUUACUAGCGAUUUGAUUACUGGCCUUCAUAGUUUGCUGGUUGGAAGUUGGAUUCAUCAAUUGAUUCAUUGGGUUUCUUGAAUUGGACGGCGGGCUCUAAGAUUAUCUACUUUCUUAUCUGAUAUACCUCAUCCUAUCUCCAUCAAAUAACUCAUCACACCCCUCAAAUCACAUUACAUCACAUCACCUCAAAUCAACAUGUCUCCCCAACCCUUCCAAAUCUCCGUCCCCCAAGCCAAAAUCGACACGCUCAAAACCAAGCUUUCCCUCGCCGAAUUCCCCGACGAACUCGAGAAUGCUGAAUGGGAUAUGGGUGCUCCGUUGUCCGAUGUGAAGCGGCUGGCGAAAGCGUGGGAGCAAUGGGAUUGGAGAGUUGCAGAAGAAAAUCUCAAUAAGAAGCUGGAGGGAGCUCAGUUUACGACGGGUGUCGAGGUCGAUGGCUUUGGGGAAUUGGAUGUGCAUUUUUUGUGGCAGAAGAGUGAGGUGAAGGGGGCGGUGCCGUUGCUUUUUGUUCAUGGGUGGCCAGGAUCAUUCUUGGAAGCUGUCCAGCUUCUUCCACUUCUUCAACAACCAGGAGGUCCAGCAUUCCACAUUGUUGCCCCUUCACUUCCCAAUUAUGGAUUUAGCGAAGGAGUCAAGAAACGUGGAUUUGCUGUAGCUCAGUAUGCGGAAACUUGUCAUAAAUUGAUGUUGCAAUUGGGUUAUGAUGAGUAUGUUACGCAGGGUGGAGAUUGGGGUAUGUUUAUCACGAGAGCUAUCGGGAAAUUGUAUCCUAAACAUUGCAAAGCAAGCCAUAUCAACAUGGUCAUAGGAAAACCUCCCACCGACCAAGAGGCAUCCACUUCCUAUUCACAGGCCGAGCUAGAGGGACUCGCUCGAACCAAAUGGUUCGAGGAGGAAGGCCGUGGAUACUUUUUGGAACAAUCUACCAAGCCGCAAACACUCGCCUACGCACUGCACGAUUCCCCCGUCGCAUUGCUCGCGUGGAUUUAUGAGAAACUUCACGAUUGGACGGAUGCGUAUCCGUGGACCGACGAUCAAAUCCUCACCUGGAUAUCUAUCUAUCAAUUUUCGCGGGCGGGCCCCGGAGCCGCUCAUAGAAUUUACUAUGAAUUCAAGCAUACGGAGCCUGGGGAGAGAAAAAUGUCGAUGGAUGAUGCGAGUAUUUAUAUUGGGGAGGUGAAAUUGGGAUUGACGUUUAAUCCGAAGGAGUUGAUCGUGGUGCCGAAGGCGUGGGGGAGAAAGUUGGGAGAUGUGGUUUUUGAAAGUGAUAAUUCGAAAGAGGGGGGAGGGCAUUUCUAUGCGUAUGAGAAGCCGGAGUUGUUGGCCAGGGAUAUGAGAGCUAUGUUUGGGAAGGGGGGUGGAGCGUUUGGGGUGGUGAAGGGGAAGAAUGGAUAUGAUGAGAUUUGAGGGAGGUUUGAGAGAGGUCUGAGGGGGGAAUUGAGAGAUGAGAAUGAUGAAUUGUUGGCCAGUGAGUAUAUAUCAUAUGGCCUAGGAAUAGUGACUAUCACAUUACAUUACAUUGCAGUGCAGAGCGACACUUCCAUAUAAAACCCAAAUGGAUUACUAUUACAAAGGUAGUAAUCAUAUACAUACUCUUUCUGGAAGCGAAAGUACUAGGUAAUCAGUGUAGAAGUGAAAGUCUAUAUACCUUCCUAUUUUCUACCCACCAAUAGAUAUGAUCUCUCGUUUGAAUCUUCAUAUCCCAUCUCAUACCCUCCUACUCCUCCUUACUAAGUUCUAACCCACUUUUCCCAUUAAAUCGAAUCUCAAUAUCUUGUAAUUUAGAUUUCAUAUCUUGUAUUUAAUCUUUCGGUAUUUUUUCGCUAGUUAGUUCUCUUCUCCCUCAUUUUAUAUCUAACUC